AUGGCUGAUUCUUCGAUAUCCGAUCUCGUGCUAUCGUCAACACCCGCUCCGGGUGUAAGACUGCUCCGCCUCAAUCGCCCGGAGAAGCGCAAUGCGCUAUCACAGUCUCUCAUUAGCUCCCUUCUCUCCGAGCUCCGUCUUGCUUCGGGCGAUACGAGCAUCUUUUCCAUCAUUCUAACUGGAAACGGACCAUUCUUCUGCGCCGGCGCGGAUCUCAACGACAUUGCUGCUCUCGACGAAGCGGGUGCUAGAGCAUCACGGUAUUUGCAAGACUUGUGCGCUGGUUUUGCAUCUGUCAAGAAGCCAAUCAUUGCAGCUGUAAACGGCCCGGCCCUAGGCGGCGGGUUCGAGAUCUCCCUGAUGCGCCGGUUUCACCGCGGCCAGAGCAUCGGCGGGCUGCUGGCUGCCCCGAAGACCUGUCUCACCAGGCCGUGGAAGAUUUCCGCUGAUCGGUUCCAGAGCGACCUUAUUAUUUCGGCACAGCCCGCGUAUUUUGUCCUUCCUGAGACAAAGAUUGGGCUCAUUCCCGGCGCCGGCGGCACCCAGCGUCUCACAGCAGCCAUUGGUAAAUACAGAGCCAUGCGCAGCAUCUUGCUCGCACAACCAAUGUCUGCCCAAGAGGCCAUGGCCGCCGGCCUCGUCACCGAUGUCGUCGGCCCGGACACUUUGAUCCAGCGAUGCGUCGAGAUUGCCUCCACCUUUACUGCAGAGAACCGGCAGACUAUUGCCUUUGCCAAGGAAGCCAUCUGCCGAGCGGACGACCUCUGCCGCGACGAUCGCUUUGAACGGGAUCUGUACUACACGGCAUUUGGCACCGAUGAGAAAAAAUGUGGCGUCGACAACUUUCUUGCAGCUCGUAAAAAGAAGGCAUGA